UUCGCGGACGGUCGUGCCGGGAGCGCCGCAGCCGCCCGCAGCCCCGCCGCGCCGUCCCGGCCGCGCCCGCCCGCCAUGGUGUCAUGGAUCAUCUCCAGGCUGGUGGUGCUUAUAUUUGGCACCCUUUACCCUGCGUAUUAUUCCUACAAGGCUGUAAAAUCAAAGGACAUUAAAGAAUAUGUCAAAUGGAUGAUGUACUGGAUUAUAUUUGCACUUUUCACCACAGCAGAAACAUUCACUGACAUCUUCCUUUGUUGGUUUCCAUUCUAUUAUGAACUAAAAAUAGCGUUUGUAGCCUGGCUGCUGUCUCCCUACACAAAAGGCUCCAGCCUCCUAUACAGGAAGUUUGUCCAUCCCACACUAUCUUCAAAGGAAAAGGAAAUUGAUGAUUGCCUGGUCCAAGCAAAAGACCGAAGUUACGACGCCCUUGUGCACUUUGGGAAGCGAGGCUUGAACGUGGCGGCCACAGCGGCCGUGAUGGCUGCUUCCAAGGUGGCUCGACUCUUUCAUUUUGUCUCCUCUUUGGAUCUCAGAGAAGGGCAGGUAACCCUGUUGAGAGGUGUGACUAACUCCAAACUGAUCCAAUCGGGUGGAGAGGCCACGCAACCACCUGUGCCCACCAGCACCUGGUCUGGAUCGGAGGGACAGGGUGCCUUAUCGGAGAGACUCCGGAGCUUCAGCAUGCAGGACCUUACCACCAUCAGGGGAGAUGGUGCCCCUGCUCCCUCAGGCCCGCCACCACCAGGGUCUUCGCGGGCCAGCAGCAAACACGGCCAGCCUAAGAUGUCCAGGAGUGCUUCUGAGAGUGCUGGCAGCUCAGUGUGUACCUGCUGCUCCACCUGCAGGACCCGGAAAGUGGUUGAGGGAGAUGUGAAUGAGGGUGGUGUGAAGGCAUGGGAGCCCCACCAGGUCCAAAACCCAUUGGCAUUUUCUGACGAGGAGGAGGAAGACCUGCUGGAUUUCAUGUACAAGUAUAAGGCACCUCGAAGAACGGAAUUGCCCUUGGAGGCACCGCCUAGAAUCCUUCGAUAUCGCUUCAGGAAGAAAAGUACCUCAUCCUCAGCCACUGAAACCACGUGAGUGAGAUGAGCCAACAGCACCGGAUCCACAGAAUGUCUCUUCUCUGCCUUAAAGAGCUAUUCACUAAUAACAGAAAUCUGCAAGCUUGGUGUGCUUUGAGUGUGCCGCCUCACAGACAUGGCCUUUUCCCUCUCCCCUCUUAUACUUUUUUUUUUUUUUAAUUUUUUCAUUUUAUUUUGCUGGGGAGAGGCUAAAGGGAAAGGUAGUGGGGGUGGGGGGUGACCUUUAAGUCAUCUGAGGUUAGUAAUUUUCUGCAGUUGGAUUAUCGUUACAGACAGCAGUGCGUUUUUAGAAAUGUAAGAGAAUCGCCCCUAUGCUGCUGAGAUGUACAUUUGUAAUUUAUCUGUUGCAUACUUAGUUUUUAGUUCUGUAAAUGCAAACAAAGCAAUUUUUUAAAACUUUUUUUGUUCUUGGUACUAAUAUUUUGACUAUGAUGUACAUAUUUACGGCUUUUGGCUUAAUAUAAUGGACUUGCAAGGGCUGCCAGAGAUUCUGAUAUGUAAGAAAAUUGCAAAAACAAAUAUAAAAAUUUUUUUUUUUUGGUUCUAGAGAAUGUCUCAGAUAUGCUUAUAAAACUUCCAAAUACAGCUCCGGUAAAACAUCCCUUUUCCUGUGGGAAGAUAGUCCAUAUUCUUCAAAUAGUUAUUUAGUCAAUAGGCCAGAGAAAUUAGAAAUGAAGAGAUAUUUUAGCAGCAGAGAUGAGUGUCAUGAGAGGUCAAGGGAAAAGCUAUGGAGUCACAGGAAGCUUGUCUCUUCCUUGGAUUCAGGAUCAGGAACUUCUGAAUCUUUUCGGGGGAUAUAACAUUGCCUUAGGCAGGUGGCUCACCCUUAGCAAAACUUCUUGGGGAUAGGGACUCAUAGAGCUGUUGGGAGGAAUAAUUUUGGGUGUUUCAAAAGUGCUGGCAAAUGACUAUUUCUCCUUUAUAGUGAUUAAUUUCCCCGGGUAGAGGAGACUAUAAUCUGAGCACCUUAUUUUGGAGAACCCCAAGCAAAAACAAACAAUAGGAAAAACCCUAGGACUAUGCUGUUUCAGAAAUGCUAUAAAAUAUAUGAGACACACGUGUAACAAUCAAGAUGGUGGGUUCUAGAAAGGUUUCAGAGGUUGAGGUCUUUAGGGAUAAGACAUGCUGCUCAGAUUCAUGGGCAGCUGUGGCUCACACCUUCUGUUCCCUUCUGGCCUGUGCGCAUGUGAAUGGGAACAGACUCACACUCAUGGGCGCUCUAGGUCUUAACCAGAUAUUUUAUACAAGCCAGAUUGCUUAGUCAGAGAAUAAAGCACUAGCUGAGGAGACUCCCUACUUAGAUUUGAAAAUUUUAUUUGAAAAGAAGAAUCUGGUUUAAAUGGCACUGUAGUCUGAGGUAGCUUCUCUCCCCUCUGAAAGCUGAGCCGAAAUGUAGGACUAGUAUAUUUGUGCUUAGAGUUGGUGUUUUCUUUCAGUGUAAUGCAUGCAGUGGUCACAACCCAGUUACUCAUAAUAUUUGGACUGUGUUUGCUUGUAGAUAUGCCCUGAAGACUAGAAAAUUAGUGUUAUAUGCCACAUAGAACUUACUGUCAACCAACUACAAACAGGCCCAAUUAAAAACUGCUCCAUUACUAGGCUACAGAAACAUGUUAUCAGUGGCCUUGGCUGAUUACACAUUAGCUGGAUACUAGCCACCUCUGAAAGGGUUUUAUUUGAAGUUGACUGUUUCCAGAUACACAUAUUGAAAUCCCUUCCUCUCACAGUUCCUCUGAAGGUGAUUUUGUGAUUUACAAAAGGAUUUAGGAAAAUAAACUAAAAGCAAAUUGUGGCUGAGAGGGCAACUAGAGGACAUUUGCUCAUUGUGCCCCUCACCUACCAAUACCUAAACCUGUUGAGGAAGACAGAAAAUCUGUUCUCUUCGAGCUCACUGAAUAGUUCGAGGAAAAAAUACUCUUUAAAAUGUUACUUACCUGUUAGUUGACAGUACCUGGAAUUAUCAGAAACAAGUGCAAAAAGGCUUUAAGUUAAGCAGCUUUUUAGCAACUUUUUUUUUUGUUUCUAAAAUAAAUGCCUUUAGCAGCAGAAUUUAAAAGCCUAUUAUGAACAAGCUAUAUUUUCACCAUUUCACAAUGGAAAAUUGUAACAAGUACAGGUUAUCAAGUUUGCACUCAACUAUGCCAAAAAAAAGUUUGAAGCACUCUAAUCUCAGACAUGCUGUAUUACUUCUUAUUCAAGAUUUAAAAAUAUAAAGGUAUACAAACUGCUGUCUUAAUGUAAACGUUCCUUCAAGUGUUCAUUAGGGAGUUGGUUUCUCUCUUAAAGACACUCACUGUACAACUGAGAGCAGCUGUCAUAUUUCUGGCAAAAAUGUGUUUACUUAUCCACAAGCUGUAUAUUUGUGUAUGGACUGACAUAAAAUGUGAAUGCCUAUAAGUGUACACGUAGUGGUGUGUUCUGUCUAGAGGAUAUAACUGAAUGUUUAUAAUUUACUGGCUUAUUGACACAGGCUGUUUACAAAAUGCUAGCUCGUAAGUCUGUAAUUCUCAUGUCCUAACUUUUAGUUAAUUGCCAUUAAGCACCAGUUCUGUUUCUGAGAAGGUGAGAUGUGGUCUUGUGCUUAUAAACUAAAGAGUUUAGUCAUAAUCCCUCCUGGCUUUAUGUGACUCGCUUGCCUACUUUGCUGGCCUCUGACAUGUGUAUUCUCCUGGGUAAACUGUCCAUGUGUUUGUGAUGAGAGUGCUUGUCAACCAUGACCAUCACUGAAUCUUCCUAGUUUUUCACCUUGCACAGUAUUUGCAAUGGCAAGAGAUAUGCUUCAUCCUCUAACAGCAUACAAAGAGCUCAUAUUCUGGAUUGUGACACUGUGCACAUUUCCUCUAGUUUAUUUCUGUAGUCCCUAAAGAACGAUCUGUAAUAAAAUAGUUCACUGGACCGUGCAUCAAAGGGAUGUAAAAUUACAGUAUUCCAAAGGUUGAAGUUCUACUGUUUUGUUAUAAUGCCUGGUAUACAUCUUGAAUAAAGUC